AUCACCCUCCAUCCAACGGCCAACUCGAAGCAGCUGCCGCAAAUUACUCCCGAGGUGGAGGUGCCUCUGCUGACGACGCCCACGGUCACCGUCAAGUUCAGCAGCCCUCCCACCAUCCUGAGGCGCAGGAGCGUGCGCGGGCUCAGCCACUCCUCCCCCCCGCCUUCUCGUCGCCGCUGACGGACGAGAUGAGCGAACCGCAGGACACUCGCAAAAGCACGCCCCUCAAGAAGCUCCCCUUCUCCCCGUCGCAGUUCCUGAACUUGAAGGUGGAUUUGUGCCCGUCGCUCACCUCUACCCCUGUGUGCAGCCACAAGGUGGAGGUCACCACGCCACUGCAGAGGGACCACACGCCAAAGCCCUCCAAGGGUGGUGGCAAAGCCUGCCGCACUUCCAACAUCCGGCGCUCCAUCCUGGGACCGCCCCGCACCCCCACGCCGGUCAAGCAAGCGCUGGCAGCCCAUGAGAGCAAGUACGGCCCCGUCAAGCUGAUGCCUCAGACACCUUCCCAGCUGGUGCUGCAGGAGCUGCUGGAGCUGCUGGGGAAGGAUGCGUCCUCGUUGCAGGACACCCCGGGGAGAUUCACCGGCCUCCGCUCGGCCAAAACCGGUAACCCCUGGAAGAUGAGCGAGGAGUGGGAGGCGGUGGCGUGCGGCAAGACGGAGGACCAAGCGUUGAUGACGGAGAAGGCGCGCAGGAUCCUGCACACCCUGCAGAGCCCGGUGCCACCGUGAGCGAGUGCCACCGCUCGGUUGGCGCCACCGCACGGGAGUGUCUCUGCUGGACUCAUCAGAAGGCAACGAAAAUAAGGACAACUUGGCAGUCACACAGACACAGUGACACAUGCAGAGACACACACACAGACACAGUGACACAUGCAGACACACACAGACACACACAGACACACACACAGUGACACAUACAGACACACAGACACACACACAGACACAGUGACACAUGCAGACACACACAGACACGGUGACACAUGCAGACACACACACACAGACACAGUGAC